GAACAAAACAAGAACAGAAAACAAAUGCCCCACUUAAAUUUUACAGUAUAGGAAAGGAAAAUCGCGGGCUGGGGGAAAAAAUCUCCCAGUAUUCAAAAAUCUCAUACACACAAAUUUCCCUCUGAGACACAGUGGAGAGAUCCAAAAAAGGGUUUGAGAAAGAUGGAGAAAGGAGUACGGGAAAGUAUAGGAUCAAAAAUGGAGGAACUUAGAUUAAAAUGUGGGAGGGAUUUCUCUAUUCAACAGCAGCGUAUAAAUGCAGGCACUACCUCCUUUGAGGAAUCCCUGCAUUCAACCAACACCCAAGCUCAACAAAACCUUCAAUUACAAGCAAAAGUUGAGAAAUUGAAAACUGAGCUUAGAGAGGCGGAGGAUAAUUUAAUAAAAGCACUUACAGUAAAAACCAGAAAAGAGGCAAUGAGAAUAGCAAUAGCAGACUCAAUAUCUGCUACAACAGCUAGAAUGGAAAAACUUAGAGGGGCUGUGGAAGAUAAAAAGGCCAGGAAACUUGAAUAUGCCGCCCUAAUAUCUCAACAUUCUGAUGGUAAAGUUCAUCCUUCUCUGGAAGCAUUUCAAGAAAAGCUUAACCAGAAUACUGAACAUAUAGAGGCAAUAGAGGAGGCUACUCUGUGGUACAAUAAGGUGCUUCAUUUACGUAUAGAAUGUGGCCAAGGAGUAAAAUUCAUCUUUACUAAUGUAGAUGCCGACAAUCCAGACAAGGAGUACUCCUUUACCGUCCGUCAUGAGAAUGAUGUAUAUACUUUGAUUGAUUGCGAUCCACAACUGCAUGACGCAAAAGAGCUGUUGAUUGAGUUAAAUAAAAGUGAUGGACUAUUCAAGUUCGUCCGGACGAUGAGACUGAAAUUUCUAGAAGCUGAAGCACGUGGAUUAACAUCUCAAGAUCAGGAUGCUACUACAAUCCCUAUGCCUGCCCCGAUUUCAUUCAUUUCAGCUGAUAGUAGAGAUGAAACUUCACCCCAGAAAGAGGAGCCUCAAACUGAUAAAUAUAAGAGAAACUCCAUGAAGCUUGCCCGCGGUAAACGGGAUAGGUCAUCCGUCCUCUCUCCUGUAUCUGCAUCAUCUAAUCGCUGGUCCCCUCAUUUUAAGAGACCACCUAUGGCUGAAAAUGGUUAUUUGGACCUCAAAUUGGAUUGGGACUUAACACACAAAUGCAUGAGAAAAGUCAGGUCAAGAAAUGAUAAAAAUUAGCCUUUUGUUUCAUCUAAGUUUGUUGAAGCACCUUCUUGAAGUUGAUCAGCCAUCAUAAGUCUUAAUUGGCCAGCACUGACCAGCAAAUACUCCCUCUUCACUUUAAGUGUCUUACUUUUCCUUUUUGGUCUGUUUAAAAAAGGAUGCUACCUUUUUAUAAUCUGUAAGUUUAUUUUUUAAAUACGAAGUCUCAGGUUCAAAUCACAGCGGAGGCAAAAAAUACUAGGUGCUUUCUCCUUAUUUGCCCAAGUCUUAUUGGCAGAAUUACCCGGUAGCUAUGUUGAUGGGAGGUAGUAGCUACCUGGUGGAAUAGUCGAGGUGCGUGCAAGCUGACCCAGAAACCACUGUCAUAAAAAAAAAAUAUUUAGUUAGUUUUUAACUCCAACGUUCUCAUCUAACCCUUAAUGUCACUCCUUAUAGGAUUGAUAUGGCAUGUUUAAGACCACAACAUUGUAAUAGUAUAUUUAGUAUGUUAUAUACACCUUUAGUUUAACACCGUAAGAUUUAGAAGUCUUCACUCUUCAUUACAUUCUUAAAUUUUGUACCUAGAUAAACUAAGAUACAUAAAAUGAAAUGGGAUUUUAAGUACCUAAAGAGUGGAAAUUAACGAGCCAAUAAUAAUGAAGCGGAUGCUGGAGCCUCACAGCCUUCCUAGGGUUUGAAUUAGCUGACUUUGUUUCCUAGGUCUAAAAGACUUCAUUGAUUUUGCUGAAGUAUAUUAUCACAGCUUUCAAGUUAUCUAUCCGAUUAUCCUUUUAUUUAUUUUUGGCCUUUCUGUUGGUUGUUUCUGCAAGGCCUUAUGGUGUACUCCCAUAUGUUUUAAUCUUGUAUCUAUUGUAGAACAGAAUCUGCUGAGUGUUGCAGUUAUUUUUUAUCUUGUCCUUCUACUCUUUAUCUCCUUUCUAUUUUGGAUAUGAGUACUUGAUCUGUAUCCUAUUGAUGGAAAGUUGAAUAGCAAGAGAGACGAGCAUCACAGAUUAAAAAAAGCAAAGGUCUUAUAGCUCCCCUCUACUAGUUUGGGAUUGAGGCUUAGUUAAUUGGUUGCUAACAAUGCAACAGUUGAUAGUAGGAAUGCAACCAAACAUUUCUUUCUGUAAUAUGUGUUUCAUUUAAUGAUAAAAUCCAUUACAGUAAUAUUUAUUAUUUUGGGAUUAAAGUUAUUCGCUUGCUGAUUCGAAGACAAUCUCAAAAGAACAUAAACAAAAUCAAUAGUUUUUGACUUUUUGUAAUGCCUGAAAAGGUUGAUGAAUUUGAUGUGCGUCCAUUUUUUUUGGAA